CUUUGGAGAACAUAAGAAGCUCUGGGAACGAGUCAGAGUAGUUUCUUGUCACCUCCGCUAAGAGGAGGUGCUGCACCGCCUUCUGAACAAACUCCGUCAACUCUGCAUCUUCUGUUGUGCGUGCAUGGGUUUAUGCGCGUGCACGGCCCACACACGCACACAUUCCCUCCCGCUCUUUAUUUCCGCGAUCCGGUGGAGUUGCUCGUGAGAACACCAGAGGAUUGUUUCUUUUCAGAGAGGAAGAGGAGCUGAAGGAAAGCGCGAAGGUUGUGAUCAUCCUGAAGCAUCAGUCAGAGCUGCAGGUUCUCCAGGUAGAGCAUGACCCCUUCCUGCUGCCUGCAGCCUGCUGCGGGUCAGCCCAGCUGUUUGUGAUGAUGAUGCUGAUGGUGGUGGUGAUGGUGGUAUUUGAUCGGCUCCACGCGCUCCGUCAGCUCUAAGAUGUCACCGAACGACAGAGCGCGCAAGAUCAAAACUAACCCGGGAUAACAGCUCCAAGAGACGCGACAGAAACCGAGAAGUUCGCAUCAGGUUCCUCCUCGAGACGAACCGGGAAGAGACCGGUGCGCCGGGGAGAAGAGGCGCUCCGAGCCGAAAGGGGAGAGGGGAGACCUCAUCUUGAGUCCGUUCAUCUCCAUCGGGAUGCUGCUCCCGCGGCUCCUCCUCCCGCUCCUCCCCCUCCUCCUCAUGCCUCCGGGGCCCUGCUACGCUGCGACCGAGCAGCGAAGCUCCAGGACCCGGUCUGAGGGCCGCGGGGCUGGCCGAAGACGGAUGGAGUCGCUUGGGUUCACCGGAUACACAGCACCAUUGAGGACGAGCAGGUCGAAACCCGAGGGUCAAUUUGGAGAUCCGAAAUACAAAGAAAUGUUCUUCGCACACCUGACAGGUCCUCUUUCCAUUAAACCUCAGUGCCAGAAACAGUUCAACCGACUCUACCACAACACCCGGGACUGCACAGUUCCUGCCUAUUUUAGGAGAUGUGUUCGUAUGCUGACUCAACUGGCCAAUAGCCCUUGCUGUGCUAAGAAAAAAAACACACAAGAGUUGACUCUGGACAGGAAGUGCUGGCUACGGGACAGGAAGUGAGGCUCCUGAUCCAGGUUUUUCCUGUCUUAAGGACCACUUGAGGAUGUUUCCCUCCCAACAGAACGCUGACGUUGGUCUAAAACCAAAGAUAAAACUGUUUCCAACAAUCAGAUAAUCGUCAUCUCGUCUGGAUUGACUCUUAAAUCUGCAAACUUCAUCAGAAACAUCUGGCCUACUCUCACCUGGACUCUCCUGGUAUCACAUGGAAUAAGUCUGUCUUCCAACUCAUCCUUCAUACUCACAAACAGUACAUCUUCACUCCUGUUAGUGCAGAUUAUGUGGGUAUUUUUUGUGUCCUGCUUCAGUCUUUCACUGGACUCUGAAGAAGCACCAGGAACCAAAUCUUGAGACUCUAAACAAGAUGUUUUGGUUUCUGAUGGUGGACUGGAGAACCAUGGCUGGAGGACACAACCCCUGAAUGUAUUUAAUGGUUAUUGUUGUAAUAAAGAAAGAUAAUCUGGUAUAUUUAUAAUGUUGAGAUGAAGCAGGAAUAAAACCUGUUUGAUAUA